UUGCAACUCACCUGCGCAAUUCUUUCUCGUGCCGUAUACUCGACUGCUGUUACUACACAUACUAGACUAUACUAGACUAUACUACUACUGCUGCUACUGCUACUAAAUUAUACUCUGACUGCUGCUACUACUGCUGCUGCUGCUCAAAAUUGGCUACUACUACCACUGCUCUACUCUAAAUCAGCUCCCUACCAUGUACUAGCAUGGUCUUUGUCCUCUCCAAAGUAGAAGAUGUCAUUGAACUCGCUCCAGACACAUCCAACACAGACACAGCCAUCGCCCUCACCUCCGCCAUCAAUGCCAAAUAUGCAAACAGAGUCAUCAUGGACGUAGGACUCGCAAUCUGCCUCUUCGACCUCCUCUCCCAAUCAGACGGCAUCGUCAAACCGGGUAAUGGCAGUGCCUAUAUGACGGUUGUCUUUCGAGUCAUUGUCUUUAGACCCUUUCUAGGGGAAGUCCUGACUGGCAAGAUUGCCUCACAGGAUGCAUCAGGCUUGAAGAUCACACUGGGCUUCUUUGAUGAUAUCCAAAUCAGCAGUCAUCACCUGCCAGAAGGCUCAACCUUUGACCUCUCUGAAAACAUCUGGAUCUGGGAAACAGACGGCAACAAGCUCUACCUAGACAACGACGAACAGAUUCGCUUCAAGGUCGAGCAUGAACAAUUCAUUGAUUGUACACCCACACAGCGAAAUCCACUCCAGGCAAGUAAUGUCCCCUAUGCCUUGCAAGCCAGUGCUGCAACGCCCGGUCUUGGUCUGAUGAGCUGGUGGGAGGACUGAUCAUAAUACCUAUGGUAUCUACUGUAUUAUACACUCACCCGCUUGCUCCUCGACAGCCUGUACAUGCAACUGCAUCUCCAACAUCCCAGCAACACCAAAAAACGGACUCUCA